AUGAGAAGCUGCCACAUUUUGUGCGCCAAUUGUGUCUUCCUAUACGCAGGGCCGCGGCAUAUAAUGAAGAAGACCGACACUUGCUAUUACAUGAGCAUCACCAAGGAGGAAAACUCUGCGUUCGUAGUUGCGAAUAAUCAGGGCGGCGUCAUUGGUGAAGGAACGCAGGUGAUCAUCGAGACGAAAACGGAUGCAAUGUCUGCGAGUAACGGAGCGACAACGAGCACCACGACGACCAACACUAUAACGACGACUAUGAAUUCCACGGGGGCAACAUCGGCAACGACGACGACGACGACGACGACCACCACCACGACGAUAUCGACCAGCUGCACCGGUGCCGGCGAUGGGAACGGUACAGCAAUCAUCAACGGUGCCGACGUGCACCAACGAUUUUCCAACAGUUGUAACAUUGCGCUGAGCGAAACACUCCGCAGGCAGGAGACCUGCACGGGGCCCCGUGCGCUGGAUCGAUCGAACGGUUCCCAAGAUCACAGGGCCCCGUUGCCACCGCAGGUUAUUUUGCAGGUCCUCCCUAGCACGCCCAUACCAACCCAACACUACAACUUACUCGCAUCCAAUGUCCACCCAACUUAUCUCGAUCCUGGUGGAUUCGGAGACUCGAGACAAUGCUUAAAGGAAAGCGGAUCAACGCCACAAACACCAAUCACAGGAAAUCAUCUUGAUGUACCACGGUCUCUUGAUCCGAAUCCAAAUCUACUUAGUCCAGAAAUUCUAACGCAAAGAAGAGGAAGUAGAAGACCGAGCAUUCUACCAGUACCAGACAUGUUAACCAGCUCGACAUUACAUCUCCCUGGUCAGGAAUCUUUAGAUCAUGAGGGUGACGAGUCAGAGGACGAAAUGGAUGACGAUGUUCCUUGGAGAUCGCCAAGUGAGAAGAUUGCUUUCAAAGGGAUUGUCAAGGGAUUCCCACCAGUUUCGCCCUUCAUUGGAGUCUCACCGACUUUGUGCUAUCUUCUCAAGGAGAAGAAGCCUCUUUGUUGUCUUCAGUUGGCUCAGGUGUGUCAGCAUUGCAGCUAUAGAAAUGCCAAAGAAUACAAUUGGCAGAAUAAGACCAUUAUACUGGCAGCUGAUUACGCCAGCAAUGGGAUUUAUAACUUUAUAAUACCGUUGAGGGCACAUUUUAGGUCAAAAACAUCAUUGAAUCCGAUCAUUCUUUUGCUGGAGAGAAAACCGGAAAUCGCGUUUCUCGACGCAGUGUCCUACUUUCCAUUGGUCUACUGGAUGCGCGGCUCUAUUGACUGCUUAGAUGAUCUUCUCCGAGCUGGUAUUACUUUAGCAGAAAAUGUCGUUGUCGUAAACAAGGAACUCAACAAUUCUGCAGAGGAGGACACCUUAGCUGAUUGCAACACGAUCGUUGCGGUACAAACUAUGUUCAAAUUCUUCCCAAGUAUAAAGAGCAUAACAGAAUUGUCUCAGUCCAGCAAUAUGCGAUUUAUGCAGUUUCGGGCACACGACAAGUACGCUUUGCAUCUCAGCAAAAUGGAAAAGGUACUCAGUGCUACUACCGAUGACAACUACUCUGAUGAGCCUUCGAUGGGCUCCCCGAGGGAAAAAGAAAGAGGAUCUCACAUAUCGUACAUGUUUCGAUUGCCAUUUGCCGCCGGCAGUGUCUUCAGCGCCUCGAUGUUAGAUACUUUACUUUAUCAAGCAUUUGUCAAGGAUUACGUGAUAACAUUUGUAAGACUGUUACUGGGAGUAGAUCAAGCACCAGGAUCUGGAUUUCUUACAUCGAUGCGUAUAACGAAGGAUGACAUGUGGAUAAGGACAUACGGUAGAUUGUAUCAAAAACUUUGUUCGACCACUUGCGAGAUUCCAAUCGGAAUAUACAGAACGCAGGACACUACCGUAUCUGACUCCUCACACGGCGACUCAGACGCGGAAAGCGACGCCGGCGUCGGUGUGACGUACAAGGUGCGUCAUUCGGCGGCAGCUUCGUGCCUCGCAAAUUGCGCCACCCGCGACAAGGGUGCAUCUGCUUAUUCGGUGAGUCUUGGCGACGAGGCGCGCGACAACCACGCACAGCAGAUCGAACGAGCGGAAAUUGCGAAUCUGGUGCGCUCGCGGAUGGAAUCUCUGAAUCUGCCAGUCGCCGAUUACGAUGACGUUUCGGAGAAGCGUAAUAGCCUGUCAUACGUGAUUAUCAACCCGAGCUGCGAUCUAAAACUCGAGGAGGGCGACAUUGUCUACCUAGUACGACCCAGCCCGUUCUCCGCGCAGAAGACCUUUGAGCGGCACAACUCCCGGCGCAAGAGCAACAUCAGCUUCUGCUCGGCACAAUUGGUAUCCCAGAUGAGCGCGGCGGUCGCGGCUGCGGGCCUGCAGACCGGCGGUCCGGGUAGUCGUCGCGGCUCCACCAUAGGUUUGGCCAGAGCGCCGCCCUUGGGAACAACUAAAUCAAAUUCAUUGUCUCUACCCGAUAGUCCCACCGUAGCUGGCACUCUGCGCGGUCGCUCAAAUUCACUGAGGGUGGUCGAUGAUAUUCUAUUGCGACGCAGUAAUUCCUUAAGGCAAGGCCUGACGAUGACGACCAGAAGAAAGAGCAGUCUGGAGGACAUCGGUUUGGGAGCGUUUUCGCACUCCUCUAAUCACAAUCCGAUUAAGAUCGCUUUGAACGGAUCGAUCGGUCUGGAGGUGACACCGCCGGAGGAGGGUUCGCAGGCUGGCGGUGCCAGCAACACUGGUAUCCUCGACGUGGGUCUACCCUCCAUGCCGGAAUUCAAUGCAACUUUAGGACCGAGUUCUCUCGGCGCAGGCCUCGGCGGCUCCUUAGGUGGUCUCUACGAUCCACCCUCUCUUCAAUGCCCGAUGGGCUCGCCCUGCCAAUCGCCGCAAAUACAGGGUACCGCGCAAGAUCCGCAGCACAUACAGGGGACAAUAGUAUGAUAUAACCUUAUGUGGGGACGCAGGCUCUCCGGCGUGGCACGAAACAAGUGGCUGUAGCGUUCCCACAUGGUAUUUAGGGAUAGGCGUCAUCAAGAACGACAUCUUUACAGCAAUUGUAACGAUAGAGGAUAUUUGAGCAGCGUUUUCGUGGGACUGACCAAGCCGGAUGAGACGGCUGGAGAGCAAGGUGUUUCGGUGAAACUAACUACGUCAAACUAAUGAUUGUUGCAAAUGUCAGAGGACCUAUUUUGCAAUAGGUAAAAUAAGUUGGGGCACGAUUACCAUUGCAACUUUUAUUUAGUUCUGACUUCGAAUUGAUUUUUGCACCAUAAUUCUAAUAAUUUCUAAUAAAGAUAUGUAGACAAAAUUUUAUUGCGGAUAACAACUCGCGAUAAUUCAAUUACAAUUUGUCACAGAUAUUCAUUAUUAAUUUAUAGAAAAUAAAUCUCUAUCAAAUA